AUGUCAUUAACUCCAAACAAUGAAAUUGAGAAGCAUCUUCUUUCUAGAUGUUAUGAUUCAAACUCUAGGAUAGUUGAAUUGUUAGAAUCAAGAUAUUCCCUACAUGGAGAUCAAAAGCCAACUAUAUUAUUCAAAAAUAUCACUAAUAAUGAACCAAAGAAACGAACAUCUUUAUUGAAUCAAGAUUCUACAGAUGACGGUAUUUCAAAACAGCGAAAGCUUACAACCAGACUUGAAGUUAAAAAAUUCAUUUCAAGUACACUUAUCAAUCAACGUAAAUUAAUUAAAAAAAUCCAACACUACAAUCGAAACAAAACAUCAUCUUCAUCAGCAUUGAAUGUUGAUAAAUUAUUGCAAAAAUAUAAAAUUCCAAAUUUUGAUGAUUUUAUAACAAUGAAUGAAUUAUGGCAGAAAUAUAUGCAAGAUUUAAUUUUCCAAAAUGGUCAAAAAUUACAACCAUUAUCAGCUAUACUUCCUAGAUUAUCAAGUGCUGAUUUUAAUGGAUGUUUAAUAACGGUUUUACAAUCACGAAAUACAAGUGUUGUUGGAAUUAGAGGAAUUGUAAUUUGGGAUUCUCAACAUUCUUUCACUAUAGUAGUACCUAAAGAUCAAGAUAGUAAAGAAUGGAAUGAAGAUAAAUCAAAUUUUACUCCAAGUGAAUUAAUUGGAGGAUUAAAAGUUGUACCGAAAAAGCAUACAAUUUUUGGAUUUGAAGUUAUUGAUCCAAGUGAUGAAGAGAGUUAUAUUGGAUUUACUAUAGUGGGAUCAAGAUUUGAAUUUAGAUCUGUUGAUAGAGCAGGUAAGAAAUUUAAAAAUCAUUCUAUUGAUGAUAUUCUAUAA